AUGUCUAACAAGGACACCCUCUCUUUGAGCUGCCCUCCCAUCAACGCAGAUCGAGUUACUUGGGAAAAAUGGGAGGAAUGGAAGGAAUGGGCGACGGAUGAUCAUGACCUGAUGGUGAAGACUACUGAAGCGUGUGUGGAAAGGUCUCGUGCAAAACUCGAAGAUGUGAUCUCGGAGCCUAAUAAAAGAGAAUUCCUUGACAGUCUGCUAUCGAGCGCCAUUAGGACUAACAACUAUCUCGCUGUUAUCAAGGAAUGUCAUUUAUCUGAGAUGGAUAUCAUCGCCUAUCCCUGUCAGACGAUUCUCAACGACACUGUUGAGCGAUACCGACAACUAAUCACUGAUAAGGAACUCCUGACGCAGUGGCUUGAUCAGGAGAAGGAUGAGCUGUACCCAGGUACGACAAGGGAUACAGAGCUCUUCUCGGACCACCGAGGGAAGGUGAAUUGA